AUGGACCCUUCAAAGGCGGCCUCGAGCAAUGUGACCGUUGAAUAUACGGAUCCCUCUGGGCUGUUUCCUUUGGUCCAACCCAUCAUCGAGUCAAAGCUUCCUCUGAAGAACCUACAUUGGAAGUCGCCCACUCGCCCCGUUCGAUCGAUCGAGUCCCUCCGCAUUGGCUUCUCCCCCGCGCCGAACGAUCCUACCGAGCGAAAGUCCUCUAGCGAUGGCGCUGGUGCCGUGCCACACCGAAGACACCAGAUUCCAGGUUUGCGCCAAACACCGUACCUGAAAAUCUACCUCCUCCGCUGCGACGACAACGAUACAUACAAGGCAACAGCACGGAAGACCCUCCGGGAAUGGAUCAAGGCUCAGGGAUCAACAAGCACCUCGCAGCCGACUGGCAGUAGUCAGGAGAAGCAUGAUGCGUUUGAAUGGCUUAUUCUGCAUGUGGUUCAGGAUGGUGAUGGCGCAGAGAAGACACCAACGUCGACCUCGAAAUGGGGCCGAAGCAGCACCACAGUUUUGGAGAAGGUCAAGGCUGACUUCAAUGGGACGUCGAAGACGGCUAUUGAUCGUGUGGCACAACUACGGAUCCCAAAGGAGGGCUCUACGGCCAAGUCUCCUGAGCUGGCCGAGCAGCUGGAAGACCUGAUUGAUAAGGUCAAGAACGGUAUUCUGGCUUCAUUUGAUCUGCGCGUGGCUCAGUAUGAGGAAGAUAUCAAGGAAAAAGACUCGCAGCGAAGCCUCCCUGGGUGGAACUUUUGUACGUUCUUCAUUCUGAAGGAAGGUCUUGCUCGAGGAUUUGAGAAUGUUGGUCUCUUUGAAGAUGCAUUGCUUGGCUAUGACGAACUAUCUUUUGGACUUGAUGCAGCAAUUCGAGAUCAGCUACAUGGAAACAGCGAGCAGCAUGGUACUACACUUCUUAAUUCCAGCAAAAUCUGGGUGGAAAAUGCACGGAAAAUACUCGAAUCGGGCUCAUCAGCCAACGACAGCGACCAGGAUGGCGAGGGACCAAGUCUAGAGAUCCAGCAAGAGGAUUUUCCACUCAGUGCAACCAAGCUUCCUUACCGAGAAAUGAUUUUGGCCAGCGAUAUUUCCAUCUUUGACUUCCGCACCUAUGUCUUCUCCCGACAACUUAUCCUCCUCCUUCGAGCGGCCAGAGCUCCUUCAGUCGUUGGAAAUGAGUCCGCAAAACGUGGCAGGAAACCAGAAGAUCUGAUCUUACUCUCUGAAAUAUGCGCAAGAUCUUUGGAGUUCAUCAGCCUUGCCGCUCGUAACCUUCGGUAUGGUCUUGAAUGCGGUCUUGAGGAUGUGGAAAACCACGCCAAGGCAGAGGUCAUCAAUAAUCUCGUGUCUUCCUGGGCAUAUUCGGCAGCCCUGCAGAUCCUUAGCCAGACCUUUACUCCCCACCUGGCUCUUCCCGAGUCCUCGUUCCAUGCCGGAGCGCAAGUCAGCACUGCUGCAAAGUCCACUGUGUCGAUCAACGAAAACCGCUCAGAGAUACCACGCCGGUCAAGCUCAUUGAUAGCUGCAACUGCGACUCGCCCCGCUCGUCCGAUGACGCAGGAUCUCUCUGAUACUCCCGCUGGAACACUUCAGCGGCGUUCGACUUUGGACCACCCUCAACCAGCACCCGGCUCGAUGCAAAAGACUGGAUCCGAACAAUUGGCAUCAGCGCGAGGAGAGCUGUUCCUGCUAGCUCGGCGAUCUCUUGAAGAACUGGCUCGACGACGGGGCUGGUCUGAGAAAUGGAAUGACCUCGGUCUGCUAUUUGAUGACAGUCACCGCGCCGGAGCAGGCGGCCUUACGGAAGUCUCCCUGGACGAUAAUGAUGCUUCAAACCAGGAGCCUUCCUCUAAGGAGGAACACACUUCCCUAGUGGGUAUUGAGCUAGCUCCUCUAAAGGCUGGACUUAGAUCAAGGGAGGCGUAUUUGUCGCUUUAUGAAGAUCUUACCGACCAUAUCAUCCGUCAUUACAUGGUGGCUAACCGUGCCAACUCCGCGGAGACGGCUCUCGCAGAUAUCGCUAUCCUGCGAUACCGGCAGGCUGACUACGAAGCUGCUGCUUCAUAUUUCCACCAGAUGGCUCCAUUCUAUGGGAGCAAGCUUUGGGUGGUCCUGGAAGGAAGCAUGCUGGAACUGUAUGCCCGCUGCCUCAAGGAGCUGAAGCGGAACGAGGAUUUUGUCCGCGUGAUGCUUCGGCUGCUGGCCAAGUUCGCCGCAUACGCGCAGGCAAAGCUUGGAGCGUCAGCCAUGCAGAAAGAUGUCACGGCUUUAUUGGUUGAAUUCUUUGCGGACCUCCGCGUUGAUCCUGCUAUUCAACUCUACGAGGAUAAAGAUGGAUUUCAAAUCAGGCUCUCUCUUCGAUUCCUCUUGGGCCCCCAGAUCAAUAUCGACUCUAUCAAAGUGCGGUUGGUCAGCGAUACCAACUCCCAGAACGCGGAGCAUUGGAUCGAGGCAUCGACCAAUUUCGUGGUCAAGUCAUCGAUGACUACGAUUCUCAUUGACUCUUCGACUACCCUACAUGGCAAAUAUUUUGUUGACCGCAUAGAAAUGAAGUCUGGCAACAUCAUCUUCUCUUUCAACAGCGGAAAUAAUUCGGCUCUGCCGGUUGGCUUCCGUGAAACGGACGAGGACGAAGAAACCGAUCGUCGGCCAUACAUCUACUGUUACCCUCCUGCGGAGGGAUUACAGGCAAAGGUUGUUUCACCGCAUUUGAUCAACCUGGAGGCCAUGCGCACGCUGGAGCUGGAACUCAACAGCGGACGGAAUGACAUCAAUGCCGGCAUAAUUCGUGUGCGGCCAGCCACGGCCGGGCUCCGACUUCGAAUCUCCGAAGUUGAGGUUGUGGAUGGCGAGAUCGAUGUUACCCCCAACAUUGACGCCGGUACAAUCGAAUUCACCCAGCUCCCAGCACAAACCUUCAUACGGCUGCGCAUCCCUUACACGGUGGAAGAAACCUUCACAAAUCUGUCUGCGCGAGCCGAGGUCAGUUAUGAGACUGAUAAAGGCAAAUUUGCCUUUUCAACGGCACACAGCAUUGUGGCCACGCUGCCCAUAUCAGUCAAUGUGCAGGACAUUUUCAAGGACGAGUUGCUGUUUUCACGUUUCACGAUCAGCCCCGCAAUGCUGAUCCCGCUGCGCAUUACGAAUUGCAGCCUGCCCAGCUCCGAUUCGUAUUCUGUACAAACCAGCAUCAAAGGCCCCGUGGCUAUGGACGUCUUCCCCAAGCAGCCCGCAUCUUUGCUCUACAAGAUUCGUCCGUCUGGGCUCGUCAGUGCCACCACUGGCCCGGGGGCACCUCGCAGUCUACGUCUCCGUGUGGACUUUACUUGCGUGGAUGAUGAGUGCCUGGAUGUGGUUGAGAAACUCUUCCUUUCAGCCAUCGAGUCUAGCCCAUUCAGUCAGUAUGCGACACUGCUUACAUCGCACAUUGUUAGUAGCUUCCGCACUCAACUAUCUACCUCUGAUAUGGAAGUCAUUGGUCUUGUACGAGAGGUCGAGAUGCUCCCAUAUCAGAGCGUCCAGUGGGAGGAAUUGUUGGGCGCGCUAAAGGAACGCACGGAAGAUGUGCGACAGUGGCUCACGUCAUGGCACGAGAGCAACCCAAUCAUUCGUCUCCCCGAGCAGGCCUCCAUCCCCACCCGUAGUAUCAUCAUCCCCGUCGAUAUCCCCGAGAUCCAAGUAGUGCACACGGCCGAGCUGCAGCUCCAGCAAAACACCGACACAGACGCAUCAUCCUCCCACGCAGCCGUGGGCCAGAUGAUCGCCGCGGAACUAUCCAUCCGCCACACACGACGAUGGUGUUCCCCAGCAAAUCAGGCCCACGCAGACCAGCCCCUCGAAUGCUCGUACGAGUUACACGCCAACCCAGAGCUAUGGCUCCUGGGCGGCCGACGACGCGGCAACUUCCUAGCUCGCGAUGGCGAGAUCAUCCGUUUCACGGUGUUGCUUCUACCCCAGAAACCCGGCCAUCUGCUCCUCCCAGGCCUGGAGGUGCGCACUUUUGCCCCAACGCUGCCACAGCCUCCGACCUCCCCUCCGGCGACGGAUGUUGCGGCGGGCAGUCCCGCAGUCCCCGUCCAGCGCCAGGCGAUUGCUUGCGAGGUGGAUUAUCGGAAUCAUGGCGAGACGGUGCUUGUGCUGCCGGAUCUGCGUAAGACUACGGUUAGUCUGAGUGUGUCGGGUAGUCCGGGUGGAUCUUCGUGGUUGGUGGACUCUGAACGACGUGCGGAGGUUCAUUGA